AUGCGACCAGAAGGACCCCGCGACGACUAUGCUGGGCCUGACAGUGGCCCGGAGGCUCCAUUCCCUAUAAAAUUGCAAGGUCCUGUGAUCAAAGGCUUUGGACGAGGCAGCAAAGAGCUCGGCAUACCAACCGCCAACAUUCCACCAGAAGGUCUCUCAGCAUACCCCGACCUCUCCACCGGCAUCUACUUCGGCUACACCUCCCUCCACCACCCACCAUCCCCAGCCUCGACAACAACAACCACCACACCCAACGCAACACCCGCCUCAACCUCCGACUCAGUCACAAUCUACCCCUCCGUCCUCAGCAUCGGCUACAACCCAUACUACGGCAAUAAAACCCGCAGCAUAGAGAUCCACGUCCUACACUCGUUCGAGCGAGAUUUCUACGGCUCCAGUCUGAACUUGUUGAUUUUGGGGUUUAUCAGGCCGGAGUAUGACUAUGUGAGUAAGGAGAGUUUGAUCGAGGAUAUCAUGACGGAUUGUAAGGUUGCGGAGCGGAGUAUGAAGAGGGAGAAGUGGGAGUUGCAGGCGCAUCAGGGGUGGGAGGAGUGGUUGAGGGAUUUUGGGUGGGCGAGGGGUAUGACGGGGGAGGAUGUAAGAGAGGUGGAGAGGAAGGUGCUUGGGCAGGAUGAGAAGGGAAGUGUUGAAGAGGGGAAGUUGUGA